GAUGACGUAGACACGAUUUACGUAUACGGAUACCUCAUGAAGUCAUGACUAUUGUACUUUUGUACACGAAAAUAUAAACGUAAAAAUAUUAGGCAAUUAUUAUAUCGGUCUGGCGCAGAAUUCUACUUAUUGAUACCUUAAGUAGGGUUCCUGUUUGUCGCCGGUCCUUAUCCAACGAAUCAAAAUCACUCGGCGAGUCAUUAAUCACAAAUAGCCAUGCUGUCAAAGAAGUGCAUUAAGUACGUUUGCUGGACGCUGCUGUUCGCGUUUGUGUUCCUAGGACUGCCGAAACUUUGUUCGAGCCACGGACACCACCACCACCAUGAUCACGACCAUGACCACCAUACAGCGAAGUCCGUGUCCAAGCCGACCGUCGACUCAAUGCUGUGGGUCAAAGCGUUGUCAUCCACCGUCGCCAUUAGCGUACUGCCGUUUUUCGUGUUAUUCUUCAUUCCAAUCGAUAACAAGGACGAACACAAGUCAUUUCUGAAGGUGCUCUUGAGUUUUGCAUCUGGUGGAUUAUUGGGCGAUGCAUUCCUGCACUUAAUCCCGCAUUCAUUGUCCACACACAGCCACCACGGUCAUGGGGAUCAUCACCACAGUAAUGAUGACCACCACCAUGAUCACGGUCAGCAUUGCAGUGCUGAUUCACAUAGUUCGGAAGGUGGCCAUGACCACGGCAACGAGAUUGGGGUGGGAUUGUGGAUUCUAGCCGGCAUAUUGGUGUUCUUGUUUGUUGAGAAAAUGGUUAGAGUGAUAAAAGGUGGUCAUAGCCAUUCGCAUUCAUCUGUACGCCCUAAGGAAAAGUUAAGUGAUGAUGAAGACGAAGAUGAAAAUAAUGACAAAAAUGUGAAACUUGCAAUGCCAAAACAAAGUUUAUCAGUAGCUGGAUGGUUAAAUGUUGUUGCUGAUUUUACACACAACUUUACUGACGGACUUGCUAUUGGUGCUGCAUAUUUAGCCGGUCAAAAUAUUGGUAUAGUUACAACAAUAACAGUAUUACUUCAUGAAGUCCCACACGAGAUUGGAGAUUAUGCAAUUUUAAUUCAAGAAGGUAGUUCGAAGGCAAAUGCUAUGAAAUGUCAGUUAUUAACUGCAAUAGGAGCAAUUUGUGGAACAUUGGUGUCAUUGACUUUUGGAAAAGAUAGUGAAGUUGCAAAUUCGUGGGUACUGCCAUUUACAGCUGGUGGUUUCAUUUAUAUUGCAACUGUAAACGUAAUACCAAGUCUUUUAGAAGACUCAAGUUUCAAACAGUCCAUUAAAGAAAUUUUAGCUUUAUUAGUGGGAGUUUACUUAAUGGUUCUUGUUGCUAAAUAUGAAUAAAUAUAAUAGUUUUAUAUAGUUUAUUUGACUGAAGUCACAUCCAUAUGUCAUGUUGGCACAUAUUUAUUUAAUUUAACAAGAAUACAAUUUUUAUUGUUGUAAAUUCAAUUUUUACAAUUUGUUUAAAACUACAUUUAAUAAAAAAACCAAUGCCUAUGAAAUUUCAUAGGGUAUAUUGGUAUCUUAAUCAGAUGGUUACUGUUUAGAAUGUUUAGAUUGUAUAAUACUCAUGAACUGAUAUGUGAUAAUGUUUUUUUUUAUAUAUUCCAUCAUAUUAUUGUAAUUUCAAAAUAAUGAUUAAUUUAAUUAACAAUAAAAAAAAACUGUUUUUAGGAUAAAAAUUAGUUUCAGAUUAUUUAUCGAUAGUUAAAAAAAAAAAAAUAGAACUCAAAUCAAAUUGAUUUUUCUUAAUUUUAUAUUUUUAAAAAUCCCCUAGAUAUUGGUUGCAAUUUAAAUAAUAUCACAUCUAUUAAAAAAAACUAUUUAUCUACUUACUCUAUAAGAAGAAAUUGCACAAUAAUAACGACCAGCAAAUAUUUUAUUUAUAAUUUACUUAAUUUAAACAAAUAAAUAAGUUAAAGCUGACUAAUAUUCAUUUUCAAAGAUUUUAAGGAUGUUUGUAAAUGAGCCAUUUUUAUAAUAAUGUAUCUAUUGUGCCUUUUUAUCGACUAUUAUUUUCAUAUGUCAUGUAUAAAAUAUAAAAACUAUCAAUGUUUUCCAAAUUAUUAAUGCAGGUAUUGUUACAAAUGAGAGUUCUAAUAUGUUUUAAAAUAAAAUAUCAAAAUUGUAUGACCAUUUAUUGUAUUACGUUAUUGAAACCCUAAUGUAUUAUUUGAAUAACUAUUGUAAUAUUGUUAAGAAAUUAAAACACAUAUUUUAUGAA